UGCAAGUGGGGAAACUAUGCGCACAAAGGAAUACGAGAAAUCGCAUUGAAUAACAAUUUAUUAGGCAGUGCUAAUACAUGUGGGUUUAUGUUCGUCCGCUGUGAAUACAAAUAAAAGCAUUUGUUAAAUCAAAAGCCGUUUUUAAAUUGCAUUGUAAUUAGGCGAUUCGUGAUUUAAAAAGCUGUCGGAAUGGAUCCGUUGUUAUAUUUGGGUGCGUUAGUGGUUUUGUUUUUGGUAUGGAUUAAAGUGAAGGGCUUGGAGUACGUGAUAAUACACCAGAGAUGGAUCUUCGUUUGCAUCUUUCUGCUCCCCUUAUCAGUCAUCUUUGGUGUGUACUAUUACCUGCGCGCGUGGAUCAUCUUCAAGAUGUGCUCAGCGCCCAAGCAGCACGACCAGCGAGUCAGAAACAGUCAGAGACAGGUGCGAGAAUGGAAAAAAAGAGGGAGGGAAGAAACACGUGCACAGGUCGUCCAGGAUGGCUGACUGUUUCUCUCAGGGUAGGAAAAUACAAGAAGACGAACAAGAACAUCAUGAUUAACAUGAUGGACAUUCUGGAGGUGGACACAAAACGGCAGGUGGUGCGUGUGGAACCCUUAGCUAGCAUGGGUCAGGUGACCGCUCUGCUCAACUCUAUUGGCUGGACCCUGCCUGUGGUGCCUGAACUCGAUGACCUCACAGUUGGUAGGUUUUAUGAGAGAACCAAAUAA